AUGACGCCCGCCCGCGCGCACGACAUCUGCGCCCUCCUCACCUGCCCCCUGUACCUCCCGCUCGAGCGCCUCGUCGCGUCGCCGUACGGCGCCCUGUUCCUCCCCGAGGCGCGCGCCCGGUCAACGAGCGCGCUCGCCGCCAAGUUCGCGACGGCGUUCCUCGAGGGCUGCGGCCUCCCGAGCGAGAGCCCGCUCACCGUCGUGACGGACGUCGGCGGUGGAGGAGCGCUCGCCAAGAUCAUGAAGGUGCGCGCCGUCAUGAAGGAGAAGCGGACCGAGUGGAGCGCGGUCGGGGAAUUGCCUGUCGAGAUCCCGCUCCCCCUCCCGUACCGGUUCCACUCGAUCUUUGCGUGCCCCGUCUCGAAGGAGCAGAGCUCGGCGCAGAACCCGCCCAUGCUGCUCCCGUGCGGCCACGUCAUCGCUCGUGAGAGCCUCCAAAGGCUCGCGAGGGGAACCCCCACCCUCAAGUGCCCGUACUGCCCUGUUGUCUCGCACAUGAGCGCCUGUGUGCGCGUGCACUUCUGAGCUCCUCCCCUCCCUACCCCUUCCCCUCCGUACACUUGCAACGAUGUUGUCUUCCUUCCCUC